AUGUACGAGCAUCUCGAAUCACCGAAACCACCAUUGUUUUCCAAGACGCAGAGCAUCAUGCCUGUCUACCUUAUCUCCAGGAUCGCGGAUCCCCUCUUCGCCCUGGCUAUGGGCGUCUCUGCUGCCCUCACCCGCAUCCGCCGUGACCAGCGCGAACAGUACCCCGAGCGUGCAUCAGAAAUCACAUACGGAAGCAUCGUACGAACGAGCGGGCAUCGCUUACAGCGGUGGUGGAACGGAGACUUCCAGGAUGUUUAA